AUGGGAAAAAUAAAACUCGACAAGGACCAAAAGGCCUACCUCGAGACCACAGCCGGCUCAGAUAUCACCCUCACAGGAUUCACAAAGGCGACCAAAGCCCAUCUUGGAGCCGUCGAACUGGAAAACAUAUGGUCCCACGCUGCGAUCCCAUACCUGGCCAACCAUACGUCACUCAAUAAACAGCAAGCCGCGCGACGGUUGUUGCAGCACAAGAUCAAGCAGCGGUUGGCAGAGUUCAAAACUGCCGUUAUGAUGCGAAAUCACACGUCAAUCAUGAUGGUUCAUGUCACCCAGGAACUGGAGAUUGUUGCUGCACACCAUGUCAAGGAAUACCGAACUUUUAUGCACGAUGGCGAUGGACAAAAGCACCCUCAGGAGUCGACUGAUGACGAGACAGAGGGCGAGGCUGACCGACCAUCGUCAAAACGGUCCAAACAGGAAGCUGCAACAUCAAAGCUCUUAGGACCAUUACUAUCAAGCGAGGACGAAACAAGUGAUUUCCGGACAACAUCUUUACAGAGCUCGACUCGGAGCUCACUAAACUCGAUCGAGUUUACACACUUCAACAGACUGGUUGGGCGGGGAACCACCUCAUGCCAACUUUCGACCGACGCCAGGAUUAUUGUUGAUGGUGCUGAUAUCUCGCAGAUCUUGAUGGAGGUCCGGCGGGGCGUGUUAAGGAAGCAAAAUGAAGUCCGUGAGGUGGACGAGUUGUUUCUAUUGAAACGCCACCUCACGCCCCGCGCAUACCGAGACCUCUCUCUUACCACCCUCGAACACACACCCCUUCACGACAUCACAACUCUCGCCGACACUGCCGCCUUUGCAGCUCAAAACACCUAUCAAGCAACCCGAGCCUUCAUCGACGACAAGAAAUAUAGUUCUCAGGGACUGGCAGGACGAUUGCUGAGCAUUUACACAUCGAGACCGGCGCUUUGGCAGACUCAAGAUUCCUUCCCGAGUGCGGCGGGUGUUUUGGGGUUGAAUGAGGAUAGUUAUAUGGAGAGUGCUGUCAAGGGGAUUAUUUAUACUGUCAUGGGCGACCUUGAAGUUGUCGAUCACUGGAGCCGAGACCCGUUUCCGACACCUCACCUAUUUGAUGAAGAGUACUACCCCGACUAUUUCGCAGAGCUGGACGGGUUCCCGAUCAUGGUAGCUGAAGUCAAGAAACCAGGCGUGGUCCCACAGGAAGCAAGGAAGGACGACCAAAGAAGGGUUCCAAGCCUACUCAAGUUGGCCAUUGACAGGAUGCUAGAGGCCGGUGUUGUUGAACCCGGCGCCGUUGGGAUUCUUGUCCAAGAUUCGCGGUGUACGGUGUCAGUUUUGACGCUCGAGAAAGAAGCGAUCUACUUGCAUCGCCCUCUAGGGGUAUUCCAGAUCCCUACAAGUAACAUUCAGCUUGGACUCUUAUUGGCAGCCCUCGGGCCCUUGGCCUCUGCAAAGGCGGCGGUCAAGAAAACUUUUGAAGCGGUUGAGAGUAGGUCUGGUUGGGAUACCACCAAGGCGUGGCGUCGACCAUCCUACCACCUGAAGGGUGUCAAGAUCCCAGCUCCUGUCAUUCCAGAGAAUGAUAAAGAGGACUAA